UGUCCAGUCCCGCUCCCGGCCGCGGCGGCCGCAGCAGCCGCAGCAGCAGCGGCCCCAGGAUGGUGAGCGCCGCUGACCCCCAGCCCUGGCCCGUCGCCCCCGGCCCGCGCUCCCGCCCCGGCCCCUGGGCCGGACGCCCCCCCAGGCCGCGCACACUCACCUAGGACCCGGCCGGGAUGCCGAGCUCUGUUGAAGAUGCACUGGACACCGGAACACGCCCAGCCCCUCAACCAGUGGCCAGAGCAGCACCUGGACGUCUCCUCCACCACCCAGUCGCCGGCCCACAAGUUGGAGCUGCCUCCGGGGGGUCGCCAGCGCUGCCACUACGCUUGGGCACACGACGACAUUUCCGCCCUCACGGCCUCCAACCUCCUCAAGCGCUACGCCGAGAAGUACUCCGGAGUCCUGGACUCGCCCUACGAGCGCCCGAGCCUGGGCGGCUACGGUGACGCCGCCUUCCUCAACGGUGCCAAAGGGGACCCCGAGCCCUGGCCCGGGCCGGAGCCACCUUACCCUCUAGCCUCGCUCCACGAAGGUCUCCCGGGAGCCAAGCCGGCCGGCGCGGGUGGCUCUGCGGGCCUCGGGGGCUCCCCGGUGGUAGCCGGUAACCUGACCGAGCCGCUCUACACGGGCAACGCGUGCGGGGGCCCGGCGGCGGCCACCGAGUACGCGACGGGCUACGGAGGCGGGUACCUGGCGUCCGGCUACUGCGCGCAGACGAGCGCCGCGCUCGCCCCGCCGCCCCCGGCCGCGCUCCUGCAGCCAGCGCCGCCGCCCGGCUACGGCCCCUCGGCGCCGCUCUACAACUACCCGGCGGCCAGCUACGCGGCGCAGCCCGGCUACGGGGCGCUCCCGCCGCCCGCCGCCCCGCCCACGCCCUACCUGCCCUCCGGGCUGGCGGCGCCCACGCCCCUGCCCGCGCCCGCGCCGCCCCGGCCCGCGCCCUACGGCUUCCCCGCAGCCGCCGAGGGUGUGUCGCUGAAGCGCAAGGCGGCGGACGAGGGCGGGGAGGCCCGCUACCGCAAGUACGCGUACGAGCCGGCCAAGGCGCCCGCGGCCGACGGCACCGCCUACCCCGCCGCGGACGACGCCGAGUGUCGGGGCAACGGGUUCCGCGCCAAGCCACCCGGGGCGACGGAGGAUGGCGCCGGCAAGUACGGCGGCGGCGGCGGCCCUCUCAAGGUCCUGGGCUCCCCCGCCUACGCCCCCCAGCUCGAGCCCUUCGACAAGUUCCCGGAGCGGGUCCCCGCCGCCCACGGAGGCUUCGCGGAGCCGUCGGGCGAGACCGCCAAGGGCGUGGACCCGGGGGCGCUGGAGCUGGUGAGCAGCAAGAUGGUGGACUGCGGGCCCCCGGUGCAGUGGGCGGACGUGGCCGGCCAGGGCGCGCUCAAGGCGGCGCUGGAGGAGGAACUGCUGUGGCCCUUGCUGAGGCCGCCCGCCUGCCCCGGCGGCGCGCGCCCGCCGCGGACCGUGCUGCUCUUCGGGCCCCGCGGCUGCGGCAAGGCGCUGCUGGCGCGCUGCCUCGCCACCCGGCUGGGCGCCACGCUGCUGCGCCUGCGCGGAGCCGGCCUGGCGGCCUCGGGCGCCGUCGAGGGCGCGCGCCUCCUGCAGGCGGCCUUUGCGGCUGCGCGCUGCCGCCCGCCCGCCGUGCUGCUCAUCAGCGAGCUGGACGCGCUGCUGCCGGCGCGGGACGACGGCGCGUCCCUGCGGGCGCCCCUGCUGGCCUGCCUGGACAGCGGCUGCGGCGCGCGCGCCGACGGCGUGCUGGUGGUGGGCACCACCUCGCGGCCCGCGGCCCUGGACGAGGCCGCCCGCCGGCGGUUCGCGCUGCGCUUCUACGUGGCGCUGCCCGACGGCGCGGCGCGCGGGCAGAUCCUGCAGAGGGCGCUGGCUCAGCAGGGCUGUGCGCUGAACGAGCGGGAGCUGGCCGCCCUGGUGCAGGGCACCCAGGGCUUCUCUGGGGGUGAGCUGGGGCAGUUGUGCCAGCAGGCAGCGGCCGAGGCGGGCCUCUCCGGACUGCAGAGGCCUCUCGCCUACAAAGACGUGGAGGCUGCUCUAGCCAAGGUGGGCCCUCGGGCUCCCCCCAAGGAGCUGGACUCGUUAGUUGAGUGGGACAAAAUGUAUGGCUCCGGACACUGAGGGUGGCAGGGGAGGCCAACUCUGCCUGGGGGCGGGUAUGUCUUUGGCCAAAGGAGUGAUGAAUGUGGGGCGGGAGAGGGAGGGCUCUCCCGGUGGAAUACCUUUUUUUUUUUUUUAAAUGGGAAGGAAAAUGCUUCUGCCAGGCAGAUCGAUGCCAUAUGCACCGGUGUACUCAGGUUUUUCCUAUUUAUUGUGGACGGGAAGUUCGCCAUCUCAGCUCGGCAGACCGGGCAGACCGGGCACACCCGACAUGAGUUGGCACCAGGGCCAAAGUAACUCCUGCUCUCUCUCCAUAACCUUUGUCUCUUGUCCUCUGAGCGACAUCCUUUCCCAUUCUGUUUUCUCAGUAUUGGCUUAGUUAUUUCUCCUCAGGGUUUUGUCACUGGCCCCUCCCCAUGCUGUCCCUGUUCCUUUCAGCUCCUCCUUCCGGGUCCAUAUCUAUCAUCACCUUCUGUGCUUCUGUCUCUGUCCAUCUCUGUGUCGCCCGGACCCUGUGCUUUAAUUUAACCCACCCUCUCUCGUUGUUCUGAUCCACACCGCAGUGACUCUUGGCGGAAGUUCUUUUGGCCCAGGGGCUGAAAAGCGGGGAGCAGGGAGCCCCAAGCUUCCUCUGUACCUUACCCACCUGAAAUCUUGGGGUUUUAGGGGUGGGACAAGGAUAGAAACCACCCAAAGAAGGCUUUUGUUUUGCUUUUUGGUUUGUUCAUUUUUGAGGGGAAGUCCCAGAAAUGUAGGUUGCUUAAUAUUUUAGGCCUCUUAUUUUUGUAAGAUGUGUAGGAUUUGCUGUUUUUCGUUUUAUUUUGACAACUCAGGAAGAAACUGACCUCAGAAAGAAUGUUAGAGUUUGGCUGCUCUCCUGUUACCCCCAACCCCAUCCCUGGGGAGCAGAUUCUCCCAGACCAGAGAGACUUGGGGCUAAUGAGGAAGACCAGAUAUGAGUCCCAAAUUGCUGUUCCUGGGAUAGAAGCAGAAUGUAUCUAAGGGCUUCCUCCCCAGGCCCAGCUUGCAAGCAAGAGGAUGGGGACAGGGGCUCCACAGGGCACAGCUUGCUGCCUUCUUGCCAUUCUCUCCUGGGGGCCCCAUUCCUCAGCUUCCAGUGGUCUGUGAACCUUAUAGAGAGGUGGGGUACUCUUGUCCAUUUCCUGCCUUAGAGGUGACCCGGGCAGAAGGUUCUCAGGCCAUCUGAUUGGAAGCAGGUUCUGUCGGAGGUGCUUAAUAACAGGCUAAGAGGAUUUCCUCAGGCAUGAACCUGGUCUAGCCACAAGUCUGGCCGGGCAUAAUGCUGACUACUAGGAGCCAGGCCACCUGUGAGAGGCAGAACACUACCCUGCAAAGGGUUGUGUGUCUCUGCGUGGGGGUGUCUACUUGACCCCAUGAAUGCUGGGUCUAGACCUGGAGGACCUGGAGGGAACUCAGUGUUUUCCUGUGAUGCUAGCCCAGACUUCUCUGCAAGCCACAUCCCUCCUGCUCCUUCUCUUGAUAAGGCUUCAGCUCUUUGGCCCCCUCAGGCUAUCUCACACUCUUUGGUGCAAAGGAGGGACAUCCCUUCAUAUUUGUCCCACCUUAGCUCCCCUGCUUGCCCCUACGGCUCCUUGAUCCUUUCACAUUCUGGAAGCUAAAGAUGCCUAAGAGACAUGGCAGGGUGCUGAGGGCAGGCGCGAGCCGAGCCGAGGAGUGUGAACAGGAGAGCUGCUGUGUCCCCUUCAUCCUUGUUCUCUCCAAGUUGCUCUCUGGAGCCAGCCAACCAAGUACAGGACUUGAUGCCUCAAAGCAAGUGGCCCAGAGUGAUGCUGCAGAUGACCCUCAGUGGGGCUUUGAGUAAAAGAGUUCUCUCAGGUCUGGGGGUGGGGGUGGGGGUACCAGGGCAGGGAAGUGGGAUUGGGAACCCAGCUGCCCCUUCAAGCAGCAGCAGCACCACUAGGGGCUGGGUAGGAGUUCAUGGACCCAUCGCUAGGGUCCCCACACUUCUUUUGCUGGGCUCUUUCUGUUCCCAGGUUUAGAAGCUUUGCACAAGAAGACAGUCCCCCCGCUGCAGCACCUACCUCAUGAGCAUGGGGCAGGAUGGCAGGGCGGGUCUAGCCCUAGCAAUGUUGGGGGGCAUACCAAAGAAUCCAGGGAUGGAGCGCAGGGGAGGGCACACUGGCCCUCUACUCCCUCUGCCAACAUUGGGUAGGGGUCCUCUCUCAGUUGUAACCCAUUUCUACCUCAUUUUGCUGUGUGUUGUACAUGGACAUAUUUAUCUCCUGUCUGAUGAUGCUCUGCAGUUGUGGCCUGUCUACCUCAGAAGACGCUGUAUUUUAAAAGAAAAUAUUACACAGUAUUAAAGUUAUGAUGUGUGGUA